AGAUAUUAUGGUGUGGUAUUAUUUCUAUUUAGUUCCUUUGCAGGCUAUUUUGCAACCUCCCUUAGUACAGCAGAGUCCGACUGCCACGCUAUGGGAGACCGUCGCUUGAUGGAAGAUAGUGAAGGAGGAGAAUACUGGUUGGCGAUGGUGAUCAGUCUGUGCUGUUUUGUUCAUUAUCCUUUAAUAUGUUUCACUAACGACGGAAGAGUUUCCGACGAAGACACCGUGAUAGCGGGCCCAAAACAACGAUCAGACGGUGAUAAUCUGUACGAUAAAGCAAGUAAUUAUUCCCGGCGAUCAGACGGUGAUAAUCUAUACGACAAGGCAAGUAAUUGUCUGGGGAUUUUCAAUAGCUUCUCUUUCUCUCCCCUGAAAUUCAGCUCUGUAUCAUUCUACUGGGUCCCACGUCAGCUGGUAGGACUCAACAAAAAGUGGGUUCCAGGUGGGGGUCAGGAGUGGUUGAUUUAUUUUUGGUUGAAAGGUCAGCAUAAAACGUGUUCCAAGAAUAGAACGACUUGAAGGAAUCCAUAUCAGCCGUCUGAUUUCAAUUUGAUAAAAAUGGGUGCUGAUUUGGUGCCCAAUCAAUCAGGUUCUGUUCUUUUGAAAUUGUGUGGGGCCAACUGAAAAUUUUCUUUCUCUUUUGUAC